AUGGAGCUGAACUUCGUAACCACCUUGAUCAAACACGAUGUGAACCAUAAUGUGAAACAGUGCUUCAAAACCAAAAAACCGUUCAUAACUAGGAAAGAAGAAGUGAUGGCUAUAAAAAGUAAAUUUCCUACAAAGAUACCGUUAAUAGUUGAGAGAUACCAUAAAGAACGCAAUUUACCAACACUCGACAAAACAAAAUUUCUGGUUCCCGAAGAUAUAACAAUGUCACAAUUUCUCGUCAUUAUAAGAAACAGAAUAAGGAUCAAGCCCAAUCAGGCACUCUACUUGAUUAUCAACAACAGGUCCAUGCUAAGCAUGAGCCUGACUAUGGCUCAAGCGUACGAACACUACGGCGACGAAGACGGCUUCCUUUAUAUCACAUACGCCUCACAAGAAGUGUUCGGCUACCAAGACGAUAUGACUGGUUCAAGUCAAGAAGUCAAAGCGAUCAGACAUCGUUUCCCGAAUAAAAUUCCGUUGUAUGUAGAGCGAUACGCAAGGGAGAAGGAAGUACCGGCGCUGGGCAGAAGCAAAUUCCUCGUGCCACAAGAGCUGACAAUGUCCCAGUUCCUCUACAUUAUAAGGACGAAAAUGAAAUUGAGGGAUACACAGGCGCUAUAUUUGCUGGUUAACGACAAAGUAUUGGUGAGCCACAGCAUGACAAUGGCGCAGGCCUACGAACAGUUCCGCGGUCAUGACGGUUUCCUCCACAUAACGUACGCAACGCAGCAAGUAUUCGGU